AUGACACAACAAAGAAAGACCAUUGCCGUGGUGAACGCUACGGGUCGCCAGGCGGCGUCUCUGAUCCGUGUCGCUUCGGCAGUGGGCCACCAUGUUCGCGCUCAGAUCCAUUCGCUCAAAGGCCUCAUCGCGGAGGAAUUACAAACCCUGCCCAAUGUCACUCUCUUCCAGGGCCCCCUUCUGGGCAACACAGAGCUGAUGGACUCCCUGUUCCAAGGGGCCAAUCUUGCGUUCAUCAACACUACCUCCCAGUCUGGCGACGAAGUCGCGAUCGGACGCGCCUUGGCCGAUGCCGCCAAGCGAGCAGGAACCAUUCAACACUACGUCUAUAGCAGUAUGCCCGACCACUCUGUGCAUGGACCAUGGCCUCCCGUGCCCCUUUGGGCUCCCAAGUUUACUGUGGAGAAUUACAUUCGUCAACUCGGUCUGCCCUCGACCUUCGUCUACGCCGGAAUCUACAACAACAACUUUACGAGUCUACCAUACCCCCUCUUCCAGAUGGAGCUGAUGCAGGACGGAAGCUUUGAGUGGCACGCACCUUUCGACCCGGAUAUUCCUCUCCCCUGGCUGGAUGCUGAGCAUGAUGUGGGACCGGCGCUGCUGCAGAUCUUCAAGGAUGGGCCCAAGAAGUGGAAUGGUCAUCGGAUCGCCCUCACAUUCGAGACGCUUUCCCCGAACCAGGUCUGUGCGGCAUUUUCGCGCGCUCUCGGUCGCCCAUGCCGCUACGUUCGCGUGCCCAAGGUCGAAGUCAAGGUCAACAUCCCGCCCGGUUAUCGGGAACAAUUGGAAGCCAUUGAGGUGGUGUUUGGACAGUGCGAUGCACCCUACUUCCCGCAGCCCGAAUUCUCCCGCCCUGCGGCCGGGUCGCCGAAGGGCCUGGGCCCAGCCAAUGGCAAAGGUGCGGGUGCGGGUAUGAUGCAGGGUCCCGGAGGGGUCAUAUCAUUGCGUGUUACGGAUGAGGCCCGGCACCUGUGGCAGGGCUGGCGAGACAUGGAGGAAUACGCGCGCGAAGUCUUCCCCGUGGAAGAGGAAGCGAACGGGCUGGACUGGAUGUUGUGA